GCCCCCAGGAGCCGAGCGCGGCCGGACUCCAUCUCCCAGGGGGCAGCGCGGCGGGGCUGUGGCUCCCUGACGGUCCUGGCCUCUUGGGCCCUUGGAGCCCUAAUGGGCGCCGGAAGCGGGGCGGUUCCUCCCAGGCCCGGUCGCGGCGCCCCUGCCCGGCACCAUGGACGCCCUGCCCGUCACCUCCGGGGAGCUGCUGGGCCUGGCCUCCAGCCUGGCCUUCUCCGGCCUCUUCUAUUACCUGUACAGGAAGAAGGCCAAGGCGCUGGCUCGGAUCCAGGAGGCCCCGAAGCUUCAGGUAGAUGAUGGUCUGCCUGACCUGCUGUCUGCCACCAGUGGCCAGUGCCUGCAUUAUGUUGCCUUAGAAGGGAUUGUCCUGCCAGCAAAAGCAGCCCUAUCCAGCCAGCACCACGAGGAGCUGCAGGGAGUGAUCCAGAAACUAGUUCUGAAGGAGCAUCGACUGAUCUGGAACAGCCUAGCCCGGAGUUGGAAUGAAAGCGAGCGGGUGGUUUCGGAGCAGGUGUACACGGUGCCCUUUGCCCUGGCAUCCCCCAGUGCUGAGGCAGUGACACGGGUGAGUGUAGAGAGCCCUCUACGGGCUGUCCGGCUGCCCCUGGAGACCGUGUAUGAGCGCUUCCAGCACCCAACCCACAGCUUCAAAGACCUGAUCAGUCACUACCUGAGUGGGGAGAAGCCCAAGGGCCUCCUGGAGACAGAGGAGAUGCUGCGAGUGGGGGCAAGCCUGACUGGCAUCGGGGAGCUGGCCAUGCACCCAGAUGGGACCCUCCACCUGCAGCCCCCAGCUGAUGGGUCCAGCUACUUUCUGCACCUGGGGGACUGGCAGACGCUGCUGGCGGAGAUGGAGUCAGUGAGCAGCUUCUGGAAGGGGGCGGCGGUGCUGUGCGGCUUGACAGGCGUGGCGGUGAUCCUGUAUGCCCUCUGCCAGGCCUAUCAGCAGCGCCGGCACAAGCAGGAGCAGGAGGAGCAGCGGCGGGAGUUCGAGGCCCUUUGGGGCAAUGGGGACAUUGCAACUGAGUCUGGGGAGGAUGCGUCGGAGGACGCCUGCAUCAUCUGCCUUACACGGCCCCGCGAGUGCGUCCUGCUAUGCUGUGGCCAUGUCUGUUGCUGUUUCCGCUGCUACGAGGCUCUGCCUAGCCACACCUGCCCCAUCUGCAGGAGCCCCAUAGACAGGGUAGUGCCCCUCUACCAGGCCUGAGGGGGAGAAGGGGCUUCAAAUGGUACCAGAGCAAGAGCAGUGGAGUCCCUGGCACUAGGCAGCACCACUGUGCCCAUAAAACCCCAGCAACUUGGGGGGCAGUGUGCAAGCCACAAGUGUGUGGUGACUUGGGAUGUGAGCUCACAACCCUCGGGUGGCGGGGGGGGGAAUGCUGCAAGCACCGCCUCCUAGGCUGGGUUUGGGGGUGUGCUCAUGAGCCCCCUCGUCAGUGCUGGUCACAUGGUGAUUGGAGUACAUGGCCUGAAUUAGCAUCACUCAGCACGAAGCUCUUGCUGAGUUUCCCCCCACAAGCCUCAUAGCGUGUCUAUUCCCAGCAGUCCCAGCUCUGCUAGGAGAGUCUGUCGGGAAUUAAUUUCCUCCAAGUCUCUUCCUGGGCCCGGCCUUCUCAGAGCUGACCCCAGGGAGAGGCCGACUGGAGCCCAGCAGGCCUGCGGUGCAAUGCUCCCUCAGUGGCUGGGGAUGCAGUUUGGACACAGUGGUUUUGCUCCUGUGAAGGGGCCAGAUUUUACACUAGAGUUUAUUUUUCCAGCACGUCUUUGUCACUGCUGCUCAGCUAACGCGCUGGGGAGAGGCUGGCAGAAGCUGGGGGGGGGAGACGGGAGGUUCAGGGUAGUUCGGGGCUGUGGGCUUGAGGGCAGAGAGGGCCCGGCUGAGGGGGCAGCAUGCAUUGCACAACCAAACAGCCAGGGUUGGUGCCUCCUGUGCCCGAUUUCCUCUGACUAGGCCCAUGCAGCAUGUUACACAGGCAGCAGCAGUUUGUGUGGGGCGGGGGGAUGUUUGUCUUCCCCUCAUGGUUUCCUGCGUGAGGGUAUCGAAUUGAAGAGGCUUCCCCUGUGAGUGAGGCCGGCAGCCGGGGCCCUGUGCCUCCCUCACCAUCCAACUCCUGAACCCCCCUUACACCCACAUGUGGGAGUUUGAGGCAGUGCCACAGCUGAAGCAUGGGAGGGUGGAUUGCAGCAGCCCCGGCUCCCAACCACCCCCAGCUUUUGGAUCCCAGGAGGAGGACAGCCCUCUGCUCCCCUGCUUAAGCUGGAGGACUUAGAGGAGCCACAGUGGAGGCCCUCCCCAAGGAUUGGGGUGGCUUAUGUUUGGCCCCCCAAUUAAAGCGCAGGUGGAAGUCUGCCUGCAAACCCUGGGCUGCCUGACUGGAGCGCUGCCUUCCUGCCCAGCUCCCAGGACGUGCCAUAGCUGCAAGGGGGACUCACUGAAUCAAUGUUGGUCAUUAUUUAUAAAGAGACGGCUCAGAGGCUGGGCUUGUGUCUUUCUUUAAGCCACACACUAGUAAAAGGAUGGGCUAACUUUUAAGAGGGGUGUGGGGGGACAUAGCUGCUGUGUGGAUCACCUAGACAGGCCCCAGAGGGAGAAAUGCUCUACCACAGCGCAGGACUGCAGGGCUUUCAGAGGAUCGCUCUCUCAGGAGGCGAGUUACUCAUUACAGAUCUUUGUACUCACCCCGCCCCAUUUACUAGCUGGUUUUCAACACUCCAGCCCCACAGGUAGAAAACAAUUCAGUAGCCCCAGGCAACAUAGGAAUGCAGAUGAAACCCCAGCAGGAGGGGAGAGCCCCACAGGUACUUACCAGCAGGCAGGGAGGGAGAUGCAGCCUGUUACAAAAUGGCUCCUUUAGGGGUGCAGUAAUUUGGCUCACCCAUAUUUAAAGGGCCAGCCCCAGAAAGGCAUGCUGGGAAAACAGCUCCUCUAAAAGGUGACCCUGCACGGAGGAAACUUAGGACAUGUCUUUACAGCAUAGUUACCCUGAGUGCUUAGUGCCUGGGUUAGCCUAGCCCAGCUGUGAGCAUCCCCACAGCAAAGUCCUUGCCCAGGGUACUGUGGCCUCAGUGUUUCCCCACUCACCUGUGUGUGGCUGGGGGCAGAGCCCCUGGGGCUUUGUGCUGAGAUGCUCCAGGAUUCUGGUCCAGCCAACAGCAGGAGACCUUGGCUGUCCUUGGGGGGUGUUUGUCGGCAGGCACUGGAGGACAUCAAUACGAGUCAUUUUGCCUGCAGCCUCACUGCAAAGUGGGCAGGUUCCAGCCCAGGUUAAACCAGGGUCCUGGGCUCUAACCCCCCCUGCUCCCCAGCUGUGUAAACGCCUGAGCACAAGGCCCCACCAACCCUGGGUCCGGUGGGGUUUUUUGUGGGAGGUGGUGUUGGGCUAAAACACAAGUCAGAGCCUGGGAUCUCUGGUGCUGACUUACCCUUAGCAGAGAGCGGAUGGUGCUGCUGGGGAAGCUUGUUGCUGUUCCAUCACACUCCUUCCCCCAACCCCCCUUUGCAUAGUGAUAUUAUUCCUUGGGCCCCCUCCCUCUAUAGAAGCUCCUUUCCCCUGGUGGUCUGUCCCUCAGGGGCUGGGGGGUCCCAAGAGCUCCCCACUCAGUGGCUGCGGAGAUGGAGCGAUGAGUCAGGUGCAAGAGGCCAGGAAGUUCACCAACGGGUUCUGGCUCUUAUGUCCUGGGCCUGUGCUGGUGCUGCUGGGCUCUGCUCGUUACUAGCCGCCUACUCAGUCACCUCCUCACAGCGGUAAGUCUCAAAACCCCACAGCGCCUGCAACUGCAAACAUCAUCUGGGCACCUGAGGCUGGAACGUAGCUGCCUCCCUGGGCGGUACGGAGGGAGAGGGUGACUCCUGCGGCCACAAACCCCACGUUCCUGGCUUGGUGGGGGCAGCGUAGAAUGGACUCCCACCCUUUCCUGUAGGAGGC